ACAAUUGCACACAUUUGUCGGUAAGAGAGCACAAUAAAUCGUUUUAACAAUGGGUACGAAGAAGCCUCUAGGCCCAAUAAAACAGACCUAGUAAGAUAAACAGGCCAUCAAUACGGCGUCGUUUGAUAAUAUUCAAUCGGCGUUAGACCAACUUCUUCUCCUCUCUUUCUUCCCGGCGGAGCGACUACGAUGUUUGCGGCGGUGAGUGUACGAGCUUCUCUCAAAACUUUGUUCCAUGGAAGACACAGCUCAUCUUACAGCCGAUAUUGUGAAAUUGCAGCGAUUUCGAAGCGUAUUUCACAAGAUAGGUGAGGUUUGAUUUCGUAUUUCUCACUUUCGUCAGUGUUUUUGGUUGCUUGACAUGGUUUCGUUAGGGUUUUAGAUAUCUUAAGCUUAGAAACAAUUGCAUUUGAGUUUCUUCUUGUUGGUAGAUUCAGUGAUGGAAAUCGGAUUCUGAAUAGCUUGAAAUUAUCUGGAAAUGGAGUAGGAAUCAAACUGUUCAACUGCGGAUUUCAUAGUUCUCCACAGUGUUGUACAUCAGAAUCUGAUGUAGGAGUGAAAACUCAUGCACCUGCGUUAUUUAGUCAUCUUGAGGAUGAUUAUUUCUCAGAGUUGGGUCCUGUAGAAAAAGAAGUGGAUGAGAAUGUGAUUGUGAAGAUGUUAACUGAGAAGCCAGUGAUAUCUCUGAAAACUAAAGGCAAUAAGAAAAAGAAAACGAAGAAGCAGGAGCUAGCUUCUGAUUCUAUUUCCAAACCAAAGUUGUUGACUGAAAAGCCAGAAGUUUCUUGGAAAGUAAAUGGCAAGAAGAAGACGGAAGCAAAUGCAUCUUCACCAGCAAAAGAUGCUACAGAUUCAAAGGUUUCAUUCUCCAAGCCAACUAAGUCAUCGUCUCAAGUUCAAGAUCAGAAAUCCAAAUCUCAAAAGAAAAUCAGUCCCAGUUCUGAGCCGGAAAACGAAACUAUCUCCAAGGGUUCUGCGACCUCCAAUACACUCUCUUCAGUACUCGUUAUAAGGAUUGGUAAUCUAAACUCGAAAACAGCUGAUUCAUUGAUACACUCGAUGUGCUUUUCGAUUGGCCCUCUCGAAGGGCUUACUAGGGUUAAUGAGGACACUGUUGACGUUUUAUUUAGAUUGAAAGACCUGAAGGAAGCAGAUUCUAUACUGGAAGAGCUAAACGAUGCAACCGUAGAUAACUCUCAAUGGACGGCUGAGAUUGUACUGGAAGCCGAAGAAGCUUCCAAAAAUCAAAUGGGUAUGAGGAUCACCAGUUGUCUCGAAGAUUUGGAUAAGCAACUGUUAAUGCAACGCAUUCUUGGAAAAGACUUGGAAGUUCUGCUCCAUUCAGUUAUGCAUCUGGAAAAUCACCCAAUGGCUCGAGGAAGAGACUAAUGUCUUUUAGGUAGUUUUUGAGUCUUGCAGUCCCUUUGAUAAUCAAUUGAAUUGGGGGUUGAUUUAAUCAAAUUUUAAAGUAAGGAAGUAUAACGAAAUUAUUACCAAUUACAGGCGGUAGUAUAAAGUUUUUCAGUCCGUUUUUGAUGGCGGUAGUCUUUGAAAGAGACUGUUUGGGCCUCAUUUUUUCAAGCCCGCUAAAGUAGUGCAUUAAUGUUAAGCCCGUUAAUAUUUACACUUUUCGAAUGAGUGAUGUUUCUGUUUUGUGUUUGAAAGUAGUAGCUUCUGUUUAGUCUUUUCAUUUUCUAAUUUCGAUUAGUGUUUAAAAAUUUUAAUAUCCCCC